AUGGGAAGAGCUCCAUGCUGCGAGAAGAUGGGGUUGAAGAGAGGUCCAUGGACGCCAGAAGAAGAUCAAAUCUUGAUCUCUUUUAUCCACAACCAUGGCCAUAGUAACUGGAGAGCGCUCCCAAAACAAGCUGGUCUUUUGAGAUGUGGUAAAAGUUGUAGACUUAGGUGGAUGAACUAUCUAAAACCUGAUAUUAAAAGAGGUAAUUUCACCAAAGAAGAGGAGGAUGCUAUCAUUAGCUUACAUCAAAUCCUUGGCAAUAGAUGGUCAGCGAUUGCUGCAAAAUUGCCAGGAAGAACGGAUAACGAGAUCAAGAACGUGUGGCACACUCACUUGAAGAAAAGACUCGAAGAUUAUCAACCCGCUAAACCUAAGAUCAGCAACAAAAAGAAAGAUACUAAACCGACAUCUGAAUCCGUAAUAACGAAAUCAAACAGUACUAGAAGCGAAUCGGAGCUCACAAACUCAUCAAACCCUUCUUUUGAAAGCUUGUUCUCGGCAUCACCUUCCACAAGUGAGGUUUCUUCGGUGACACUCAUGAGCCACGAAGGCCAUAGCAACGAGACAAAGAUGGAUAACAAAUUGGGAAACAUCAGUACUAUAGAUCAAGAUUGCUGUUCUUUUGAGAAUUUUGGCACAGACAUCGACGAAAGCUUCUGGAACGAGACGCUUUAUAGCCAAGAUGAACAUAACAACGCGACGAUUCUUGAAGUGGCUGGUUUUGAUGAGACACAACAAGAGUUUCAGCAGUUUGGCUCCUUUGAAAAUGGGAUGGCUUUCGACAGUGAGAUGGACUUCUGGUUCGAUGUGUUGGCGAGAACCGGUGGGGAACAAGAACUAUUAGCUGGGCUCUAA